UUUCCUUGCCCAGGCAGAAAAGAUGUCAGAGGGAGGGUGAACCCAGGGCCCAUCUGUGGGUAUGGGCUCCAAUUUCCUAAAUUGUCUGUGGUUAUAACCAUGGCUUCCACCUUGUCUGGCACCCGGUCCACAUCUUUUCUGAGAUCUGCUAGAAGGUCAGAGCCCUAGAGAAUAAGAGAAGCUUGCUGCUGGUGAGGGGGUAUGGCCAGGAUUCCUGGAGUCGGAAGAGCUUCAGCUUCACCAUCUUGGGAGAAGAAGGAAGAAAGUGAAAGUGAUGUGGUCCUUCUUAGUCCCAAGGACCCUGACAGAGGACACGCAGAGGAGCAGCUGGCUCGCCCUGAGUCCUCCAACCUUAACCCAAGCAUGCAGGGCCCACCCCGAAGCCUCCCUGCUGGGCUCAGCCUGGAUGACUUCAUCCCUGGCCACCUCCAGUCCCACAUAGGGUCUUCCUCCCGGGGGACACGGGUGCCCGUGAUCCGGAAUGGUGGCUCCAACACCCUUAAUUUCCAGUUCCACGACCCCGCGCCCAGGACUGUGUGCAAUGGCUGCUACACACCAAGACAAGAUGCUUCCCGGCACCCGGACCCCACGUGUUAUCAGACCUGGCCAGGCCCUGGGAGCAAGCCCUCUGCAAGCACAAAGAUCCCUGCCUCCCAGCAUGCCCAGAACUGGUCAGCCACGUGGACCAAGGACAGCAAGCGUCGGGACAAGCGCUGGGUCAAGUACGAGGGAAUCGGGCCCGUGGAUGAGAGCGGAAUGCCUAUUGCCCCGAGAUCCAGUGUUGACAGCCCCAGAGACUGGUACCGGAGAAUGUUCCAGCAGAUUCACCGGAAAAUGCCAGACCUGCAGCUGGACUGGACCUUCGAGGAGCCACCCAGAGACCCCAGGCAUCUAGGAGCCCAGCAAAGACCUGCCCACAGGCCCGGCCCGGCAGCAUCUUCCAGUGGAAGAAGCUGGGACCACUCUGAAGAGUUACCUAGAAGCACCUUCAGCUACAGACCUGGAGCGUUCUCCACUGUGCUGCAGCCCCCAAAUCAGGUGCCCAGACGCCGAGAAAAAGGAGACAAUGUCUGGACAGAAGAGUCCUGGAACCAGUUUCUGCAGGAACUAGAGACUGGGCAGAGGCCCAAGAAACCGCUGGUGGACGACCCUGGUGAGAAGCCCUCCCAGCCCAUUGAGGUGAGUGCUGCAGGGGCCCUGCCGGGCCUCACCCUUCCCGGCGCAGCGACUCGGGAAGUAGGACAUCCUGUGGAGAGCCCAGGACCCGGGAGACGCCCUGGGAGGAGCCCGGCCUCAGCCUGGAGCUCCAGCUCCCCGAAUGCACCUUACCUGGGUUCCGCCCGGUCCCUGAGCCCCCGCAGAAUGGCUGAUGGAGGAAGCCCCUUUCUAGGUCGGAGGGACUUUGUCUACCCUUCCUCAACCCGAGACCCUAGUGCCUCUGAGGGAGGAAUCAGCCCAGCCAGGAGGGAAGAGAAGAAGAGGAAGGCCGCCAGGCUCAAGUUUGACUUCCAGGCGCAGUCUCCCAAGGAGCUGACUCUGCAGAAGGGUGACAUUGUCUACAUCCACAAGGAGGUGGACAAGAACUGGCUGGAGGGAGAGCACCAUGGCCGCCUAGGCAUCUUCCCUGCUAAUUAUGUGGAGGUGCUGCCUGCAGAUGAGAUCCCCAAGCCCAUCAAGCCCCCGACCUACCAGGUGCUGGAGUAUGGAGAGGCUGUGGCCCAGUACACCUUCAAGGGGGACCUGGAGGUGGAGCUGUCCUUCCGCAAGGGAGAGCACAUCUGCCUGAUCCGCAAGGUGAAUGAGAACUGGUACGAGGGGCGCAUCACGGGCACGGGGCGCCAAGGCAUAUUCCCCGCCAGCUACGUACAGGUGUCUCGUGAACCCCGGCUCCGGCUCUGUGACGACGGCCCCCAGCUCCCCGCAUCUCCCCGCCUGACCGCUGCCGCCCGUUCAGCCCAUCACCCCAGCUCCCCCUCAGCCUCGCGCAGCCCAGCUGACCCCACCGACUGGGGAGGGCAGACCUCCCCCCGCCGCACUGGCUUCUCCUUCUCCACCCAGGAGCCUAGACCCCAGACCCAGAAUCUUGGCACCCCUGGUCCAGCUCUGUCCCACCCUCGAGGUCCCAGCCAUCCCCUGGACCUGGGGACCUCUUCUACUAACGCCUCUCAGAUACACUGGACCCCGUACCGGGCGAUGUACCAGUACAGGCCCCAGAAUGAAGACGAGCUGGAGCUGCGCGAGGGGGACAGGGUGGAUGUCAUGCAGCAGUGUGACGAUGGCUGGUUUGUGGGUGUCUCCCGGAGGACCCAGAAAUUCGGAACAUUCCCUGGAAAUUACGUUGCCCCGGUGUGAGUGGUCUCCAUGGCAACUUGGAGCCAGCCAGGAUGGGGUGGGGAGCAGUGGCACUCGUGGGAGGGACAUGACCCCCGCCCACAUCCUCCUUCCCCAGGACCUGAGCUCCCGGCAUCUGCAGACGACCCCCGCAGCCUUUCCCUCGGACCCCCCUCGAAGCCCCCUGGACUGAUUCCCACCCACGACUCACAGACAUUCCUCCCACAGCCCUUUCAUUUCCUCCCCACCCCACUCCCCAAAUACAGAGGUCCGCUUUGAAGUGGAGACCAUUUCCAGGCCUUAUUGAGACCAGACCCCAAGUCCCCCACCCCCAUCCUGCUCCAGCUUUCCUCUAACAGGGACCAGCGCUCCGCUUUGCCCCCAGGGGGUUCCUCUAACCAGGACCAGCUUCCUAGCCUCCUAGAGACCAAAGGCCGCCCCCGCCUGCUGGGGUUCCUCCCACCACCCCAGCUUGCCGGCUGCCCACUUUGCCUUCUGGCCUCCAGCUGGGCGUGGGGGGCGGAGCAAGGCGGGGGACAGCAGCACCUUCUUAGCGAUCCAGGCCUUAGCGAUCCAGCUCUGGCCCCAAGGCUACCUCUUCCCAGGGGCUAUCAAGUCCUGGGCCUGGCCCUGGAAUAUCACCCCACACUGUGGGGCCGGGCACCACUAGCCUGGCUCAAAUGUUCCCCAGGGAGACUGCUGUGUGCUGCCCGCCUGCCUGCUGGCUCUCCCCCAGCCCCACGUCCCCUCUGGAAGAGAAUGUAAAAUAAACCUGGACACAAGGGA